AUGGCACUCGAAGGUAGUACAAAUCUAAGUCAUACUGGAAAAUUAUAUCAGGGAAAAGGGAUCAAAUUAUCUGUAAAAGUUGAGCCGCUGGAAACCUUAAUUGAGUUGAGCCGUCAUAUCAAAGGGAAGAUUAUGCAAGAUUUUAAAAGGAAAUAUGGAAAUAUCUUGGAUCUUCUGUCAGUCACAAUACAUAAUGAUGCAAUAAUGGAAUUAAGCCAAUAUUGGGAUGCCUCGUUAAGAUGUUUCACAUUUCAAGACUUCCAAAUGGCACCGACUUUGGAAGAAUAUGGAGAAAUUUUGAGAAUGCCCCUUAAGGAGAACAUGGCAGUAUAUCUUUAUCCUGGAUAUUUACCAUCUCGAGGCACGAUAGCGAAAAUUUUGGAAAUUCCUAAGGAAAAGGUACGAAUGGUUUGCCCAGGACAAACAGAGGGAAUCUCAAGAGCUGAUGUAGAAGCCCACUUGAAAGUUUUGGCAGGAAAAGAGGCUUGGGUUACAUUUUGCAGAGUCUUUGCCUUAUGCAUAUAUGGAAUAAUCCUGUUUCCAUCAUCAAUUGGCAUAAUUGACUUAGGAGCCAUUAGUGUAUUCCAAAUGGUGGAAUACCAUAACGUGAAUCCGGUACCAGCAAUCUUGGCAGAAACGUACUUGACCUUAACUCAAUGUCACAAUAAAGGGAAAGGAAAGGUCAAUUGUUGUAUUGCAUUACUGGAUUUAUGGAUGCUUGGCCACCUUUAUGGAAAGACGCUUCCUUUCAGAAAGAAGAACGACUCAGACAGUAAUCCACUCAUGUCUUUUAAAGGCCAAUUCGUGAUUGACGGAAUGAGCUACAUGGAUUGGAAAAGAACCUUCUCAGAACUUAAAGAAAGUUCCAUUUUAUGGAAACUAGACUGGUGGUGGAAAGAGGAGGUUAUUUACCAUUGUGGUGACUUUCCGAAUGUGCCUUUAAUGGGACCCAGAGGGUGUAUCAACUAUAACCCUUCCUUAGCGUUAAGGCAACUGGCCUAUAAGCAAAAUGUUCCUUCUAAGAAAGAGGUGCAGGAGUUAUACUUUCUACAUAAGGAGGAUGGGACAAAGUUAUCAAACCAGAAUGUCAAAGAAGCAUGGCAAGAGAUAGGCAAUGACUUGAAAGAGAUUAAUGGGCAAUUGGUUGAAUGCUUGAAGAUGAAGGAAAAUGAGUUACAAGCGCUUGCUAACUCAGAGUCUAAGAAUAAAGAAGAAUUGGAAAAAUACCAAAACGAAUGCGAAAAUGCCAAACUGAAAAGGGAAGUGCAAACUAGUGAUAACAAAGUUCAAAGUACUAAAGCAAGACUUGUCAAAAUAGUCAGAGAAAAUGAUGCAUUGAAGAAGGAAUUACAAGACAUCAGACCCAUUGAGGAGAUGCAGCAAGAAAUCAAUACGCUCACAAGACAAUUGGAAAGGAAGGUGAAUGAACUAGCCAGGGUGAGAGGAAGUGCAGCUGAGACAGCACAGAACUUUGUUCAGAGGCUUAAUCAACAAAAUGAAGUCUUAGAAGAGUGGAAAUCACUUUGCCUUGAUCAAACAGAAGAAACCAAAGAGUGGAUGUUAAAAUGUAGGCAGAUAAUUGAUUUGGCUAAUGACAAAAUUCCAGAAUUUGCAAGAGCAUUUAAGCAAGCUGAAGGCAUGGUUCUCCCUGGAGGAACUCCAUUAGAGAUUGUUGAAUUCUUCCAUUUGUGCAAUGAAAUUAUUCCCGCCACUGGAGCAUACAACACACGAUCGCGUAGUCGUGCAAUGGAAAAUUCAAACGUGAAUGAGUCAGCGACCUUAAAUGAUCGGAUGUCUGCAGUGGAGUCUAAAAUGGCCGAAAUAAGUGACAUGAUGAAAUUGCUAACAGAGGCUCUAAAAGGACGGAGUGAUGAUAACCCACCACAGAAUACCGUAGCAGAUGAGAACGCAGCUAAUAGAACAAUUGAGCCAAACAGAAGAUCAGAUCCUAAAGUACCCACGCCAGAGAAACAAGAUUCUGGGAUAGGGGCCUUUAACAUACCGGAUGGUCCUGGGGAAGAUCAUGCCUACAUGUUCCAAAUCCCACAAGUGCUACAUAAAGAGAAGGAGUUGAAAGAAGAACUUGGAGAGAUGAAAGAUCAAUUGAAGGCUCUUCAAGGAUCAAACACGUGGGGUUCCUUAGACUUGAAAGAAUUAUGUUUGACCCCAGAAAUUGAUAUGUCCAUAUGGUCACAAGAUGAGAAGUUUCUGAUAAACUUCUUUCCUGAAAGCUUAACUGGAGCCGCAUUGACUUGGUACAUGCAACUAGACCAAACCAAGAUCAAAAGAUGGAAAGACCUUGUGGAUGUUUUCAUGAGACAAUACAAGUUCAAUCUUGAUACUGCUCCGACCAGAGAACAAUUGAAAGCAAUGACCAAGAAAUCAUCAGAGUCAUUCAAAGAAUAUGCUCAAAGAUGGAGAAUAGUGGCUUCGCAAGUGCAACCUCCAAUGGUUAAUUCCGAACUUUGCUCGUACUUCAUCCGUGCAUUGCCUAAGCCAUUUUACCAACACAUGAUAGGAACACAUGUCACUGAUUUUGCUGAUUUAAUGGUAAUUGGGGAAAGGAUUGACAUAGACAUACGAGAAGGGAAGAUAGCCACUUCUCAAGCUGAAAGUAGUUCACGAAAGAACUAUGACCAAAAAAAGAAAGAAGGGAAUGUGAACUAUAUUCAACCUAUAAGACAAGCAGCUACCAAUUCUCAAGUCCCUUAUCAAGUAGAGGGAAGGAAUCAAAGACAGCAACAAUUUGGGUUCAGGCCUAACAAGCACGGACAGGAUGGAGAGAGGAGAAAUGUCCAAUCCAGGGAUAGUCGCCCAUGGCCCAAUUUUGGAUUAACAAAUGCUGAAUUGUACCAUAAACUUUUGACAGCCCAAUUAUUAGGUCCGCGACCUUAUAAGCCUCUUGGUCCGCCUUACCCGGCAUGGUAUAAUCCAAAUGUUGUUUGUGAAUACCACAUGGGUGCACCUGGGCACUCAAUAGAAGACUGUGUGACGUUUAAAAGGAAUGUGCUAGACCUAGUUGAUUCUAACCAUAUCCAGCUUAAAGAAGAGGGAAGCUCUACCCUUACUACUGAUCCACUCCCAAAUCACGAAAAACGAGUCAACGCUAUUGAAGAAGAAGAUGCGUGCUUCAAAAGCUCCGCAAGGAUCAGGAUGCCUAUGAAUGAGCUUUAUGCUCACUUAAAGGAGUAUGGCUAUAUGCGAGAAAUGCUCCUCACGAAUAAUAUCAGUGAUCAAAUGCCUGGAUACUGUGAAUAUCAUCAGGAGAAAAUAGGCCAUGACAUAGAAAGUUGUGAACAGUUUAAAGGAGCUGUUAGAAAAAUGAUGGCGUUAGGGAUCGUGUCUGUAAAGAAGGGAGACGCCAAAGUGUGCAUGGUAGAAAAAAAACAUGUUGAGCUUGUCAUUAAAAAUUCGAGCCCAAAAGAACGGGUUCAGGCAGUCUCUUUUGUGAUAAACAAAGCCUCUGCAGAUCUUGUACCUCACGUAAGACAACCAACAUUGACCAUAAGCACGCCUCAUCCCUUUCCCUAUGAAAGUGAUCGAGCAGUCCCGUGGAAAUAUCAAAGCAUUGUGGAGAACCACAAAAACCCAACGUUGAUUGCCGGGACAAGCAAUGAAAUGGCAAACCAAGGGGGUGUUACUCGAAGUGGAAAACCAUACUUACCAUCUUACAUUAGGAAAAUGGUAAAAGAGAAAAAUGCAAGUAUUAACAGGCCAAAGGAAGACAAUCCUAAAGAAAUGGAAAAAUUAGAAGAUGAGUUUUUAUCGAUUAUGAAGCAAAGUGAUUACAGCAUUGUGGACCAAUUGAAGAAAACUCCAGCGCGUAUCUCCAUACUUUCUUUGAUUUUGAGUUCCGAAGCGCAUCGCCAAGCAUUGCAAGAAGUGUUGAAUCAAGCUUUUGUGCAGCCUAAUAUAACCCCUGAGAAGGUGGCAAGUGUAAUGAAUGUUGUAAAAGCCUCCUCUACCAUUUCCUUUUCGGAAGAGGAAGUUACAGAAACCGCUGUCCACCAAGCCAAGGCUUUGCACAUCACUUUGAAAUGUGAAGGGUUCAUAAUCGCAAGAGUAUUAAUUGACGGAGGAUCAGCGUUAAAUGUCUUGCCGCUCUCCACAUUCGAAUCAUUAUCACUAGAGGCUUCAAGUGUACAUAAAAGUAAUAUUGUGGUAAGAGCAUUCGAUGGAUCAAGACGGGAAGUAUUAGGAUCCGUUUGUCUCUCCCUGGAGAUAGGGCCAAGCAGGUUUAAGGUGGAUUUCCAACUCAUGAACAUAGACCCAAGUUACACAAUGCUGCUAGGAAGGCCAUGGAUUCAUUCUGCUAGGGCUGUUCCUUCUACCUUACAUCAAAAGGUUAAAUUCAUCAGUGAUGGGAGAAUUAUAGCAGUUAAAGGAGAGGAGGAAAUCAUGGUGAGCAAACCAAGCUCACUCCCUUAUAUUGAGGCUGCAGAGAAAGAUCAUGGAGUUUCUUUUCAAAGCCUAGAGGUUGAAGAUAUUUGCGAUAGUACUCACAACAUCAAUUCCGUCGUGGCUAAAAUCAUGACGAAGAGUGGGUUUAUGCCAGGGAAAGGUUUAGGCUCUCAUUUACAAGGAAUUACGUGUCCAAUUAAGGUUUUGGAUAAUUGUAAUCGCCAAGGGUUAGGGUAUGAGCCUACCCUAGAAGACCAGAUGAAAGACAAAGCAAGCUUGGCAAAAGGCAAAAAGGCUAGUAAAUUGGAGAUUCCACACAUUAAAGAAUCCUUCCCAGGCCCGUCCGAGAUGAUAUAUAAACCAACUAUCUCAGUGAUCUCUUUUAAUGAAGAUGUAGCAUGCAGAACAAGUGCCUCAAUUGCAGUCGAUGAUUCCAACAAAGUUCUGGCGAAUUGGGAGUUUGAAGAGGCCAAUGAUGUCAUUAGCUUAGAGGAUUUUGUUUCUUCUGAUUCCAUCUCCCACCCAGAGAUUAAUAAACCCUGUGAAGAUGAUUCAUUCGUUGCCACUGAUAUGCAUGAUUGUGAGUCUGAUGAUGAAGACAUAAUCCAAACUUUUUCAAAGAUGCUUGAAUUGAGUGAUAAGGGAAUAUGCCCACAUGAAGAAGUGAUUGAGAUGGUUAAUAUGGGAACCGAGGAGGAUCAAAGAAUGCUCAAAAUAGUAGAUAAUCCUGAAAGAGAACAAAUGAUUGAGUUGUUCAAAGAAUACAUAGAUGUGUUUGCAUGGUCAUAUAAAGACAUGCCUGGGCUAGACCCAAGCAUUGCUUCUCAUAAAAUACCAUUACUUCCCAAGGUCGAGCCUAAGAAACAGAAGUUAAGGAGAAUGAACACGGGGGUGUCCUUGCAAAUAAAAGAAGAAGUAAUAAAGCAGUUAGAAGCAGGAUUUUUGGAGGUAGUAACUUACCCACAAUGGGUGGCAAAUAUUGUUCCUGUUCCUAAAAAAGAUGGUCGGAUUCGAAUGUGUGUUGAUUAUCGUAAUUUAAAUAAUGCGAGUCCGAAAGAUGACUUUCCAUUACCCCACAUUGAUGUAUUGGUCGAUAAUACUGCUCGAAGCUAUCGCUAUUCCUUUAUGGAUGGUUAUUCAGGGUACAAUCAAAUCCCUAUGCAUGAAAGGGAUAAAGAGAAAACAACCUUUACAACCCAAUGGGGAACUUAUUGUUACCGGGUAAUGCCUUUUGGUUUGAAAAAUGCUGGGGCAACUUAUCAACGAGCUAUGGUAGCACUAUUCCAUGACAUGAUGCAUAAAGAAAUUGAAGUAUAUGUAGAUGAUAUGGUAGCUAAAUCAGCAAAGAAUGAGAGUCAUGUUGGAGUCCUUAGAAAGCUAUUUGGGAGAUUAUGCGAAUAUCGGCUAAGAUUGAAUCCUAACAAAUGCAUUUUUGGAGCUCUUUCUGGGAAGUUAUUAGGAUUCAUUGUGAGUCGUAAAGGGAUAGAAGUAGAUCCAGAUAAAGUGAGAGCAAUUCAAGAAAUGCCAUCUCCCCAAACAGAGAAAGAAGUUAGAAGUUUCUUGGGACGAUUGAAUUACAUUGCUAGAUUCAUUGCCAAUCUAACAGCCACUUGUGAACCAAUGUUUAAGCUGUUAAAGAAAAAUUGCAAGGAGACAUGGGAUGAUGAUUGUCAAAAGGCCUUUGAUAAAAUUAAAGAUUAUUUAUCAAAUCCCCCGAUUUUGGUCCCUCCAUCACCAGAUCGUCCACUAAUCCUUUACCUAACAACUUUACCUCGAUCAAUGGGAGCAAUGCUAGGUCAACUUGAUGAUUCUGGAAAGAAGGAAAGAGCGAUUUAUUUCUUGAGCAAGAAGUUUAAUGAGUGUGAAGCUCGUUAUCCGGUGAUUGAGCGAACUUGUUGUGGACUAGUAUGGGCAACUAGAAGGCUAAGGCAAUACAUGCUUUACUACACUACCUGGCUAAUCUCACGAGUGGACCCACUUAAAUACAUCUUUGAGAGCCCGCACAUUGCUGGUAGAGUACUAAAAUGGCAAGUUGUACUAUCAGAGUAUGAUAUAAAGCAUGUGAUGCAAAAGUCAGUCAAAGGUAGUGCAAUAGCAGAUCACUUGGCCGAUAAUCCUUUAGGGGAUGACCAGCCAUUAGAUUUUCAAUUUCCUGAUGAAGGCAUAUGCACUAUAGAAGAAGGUUGUGAUGAAGGGAACAAUGAAGAGCAAGAAUGGGAAAUGUAUUUUGAUGGAGCCGCCAACAUGCAUGGAAAUGGGGUAGGAGCGGUGAUCGUUUCACCAGAAGGAAAACAAUUUCCAGUGGCCAUCAAAUUAGAAUUUGAUUGUACUAACAACAUAGCAGAAUAUGAAGCUUGUGUUAAUGGUCUUCGAGCAGCUAUUACCCUUGGUAUACGGCGUUUGAAGGUAUUUGGUGAUUCAGCUCUCAUUAUUCAUCAAGUAACAGGAGAAUGGAGAACAAAGGAUGUAAAAUUGAUUCCCUAUCAAGAACUCCUAACAGAUUUGAUUAAGCAAUUUAAGGUUGCUAGCUUUCAUCACUUGACUAGAGAUAAAAACCGUUUCGCUGAUGCUUUAGCCACUUUAGCAGUAAUGAUCCAACUUGAUUGUGGAGUCCAUAUCCAACCCAUCCAAGUGGAAGCUAGAAGCUUUCCAGCGUACUAUUAUAUCACUAAGAGAUCAUACCCAGCUGGAAUGACUGAGAAUGAAAAGAAAACCCUUCGUCGUUUGGCUAUGACAUUCUUUAUCAGUCAAGAUGUUCUGUACAAGAGGGGUUAUGAUGGUACUUUACUUCGCUGUGUGAGUUCAGAAGAAGCAAAGAAAAUCAUGGUUGAGGUACAUGAGGGCAUAUGUGGCAAGCAUGCGAAUGGUCACACUAUGGCCAAACAGAUUCAAAGGUGUGGCUACUUCUGGCUAACAAUAGAGAAAGAUUGCUUUGAGCAUGUCAAGAAAUGCCAUAAAUGUCAGAUCUAUGCUAAUAGGAUAAAUGCUCCUCCAAUCCUAUUACAUAAUUUAGUAUCACCCUGGCCAUUCUCAAUGUGGGGCAUUGACAUUAUUAGCCCAAUUAACCCAAAAGCUUCGAAUGGACAUCGCUUCAUCCUUGUCGCGAUUGACUAUUUCACAAAAUGGGUAGAAGCAAAUUCAUUUGCUAGCAUCACGCAAAAGACGUUCCUUAAAUUCAUGAAGACCAAUAUUUUAUGCCGAUAUGGGAUUCCUAAAAGGAUCAUUACUGAUAAUGGUCCUAAUCUCAAUGGAACGGAAAUCAGGAACUUUUGCGAGAAGUUCCAAAUCAAGCAUCAUAAUUCAGCCCCGUAUAGACCUCAAAUGAAUGGAGCAGUUGAAGCAGCCAAUAAAAAUAUUAAGAAGAUCAUUGGAAAAAUGACAGUAACUUAUAAGGAUUGGCAUGAGAUGCUUCCCUAUGCUUUACAUGGUUAUCGUACUACUGCACGCACAUCCAUAGGGGUGACCCCAUACUCCCUUGUUUAUGGAAUGGAAGCUGUUACACCCAUUGAGAUAGAAAUACCAUCUUUAAGAGUAUUGGCAGAGGUAGAUUUAGAAGAAAAUGAAUGGAUACGAACCCGAUUUGAGCAACUUAACAUGAUUGAAGAGAAAAGGCUCAUUGCAAUGUGUCAUGGACAAUUGUACCAAAAGAGAAUGGCAAGAGCUUUUGAUAAAAAACUUCACCCACGGGAAUUCAGUGCUGGAGAUCUUGUACUCAAGAAAAUAUUGCCUAACCAAGAAGAUAAUAGAGGCAAAUGGGCUCCGACCUAUGAGGGACCUUAUGUUGUCAAACAUGCCUUUUCUGGAGGAGCACUGAUCCUAGCUGACAUGGACGGUCAAGAGUUAGCAAAGCCCAUUAAUGCAGAUGCUGUCAAGCAUUACUUUGCUUAA